AUGAUGGGCAAGGAUUACAUGUUGGCCAUCAUCAUAGUCAACUAUGAUGACAACAUCUGGACGGACCAGAACCUGCUGCUGGACCCGGACCUUCCCUCCGGCUGGAGAACCAUCAAAGACUCCACAGGAACCUACUACUGGCACGUUCCCACCGGCACCACCCAGUGGCAGCACCCUGCACUCAGCAAGACGCCACAGAUACUGGACACACAGCAGGAGGAAGCUGGACCACAGACCUCCAGCAGACAGACUGAUGAAGCACCUGAGGCCAGAUCUUCCUGGCAUGAAGAUUAUCUGACCAACCACGACCGUGACUCCAAGUGCUUUGCAGUGCGUUCUCUCGGCUGGCUGCAGGUAGAAGAGGAGGACCUGUCUCCAGGCCGCAGCAGUCUCGCUGUCAGUAACUGCAUCCAGCAGCUGUCUCACAGCAACAGCCCCGAGCAGAGAGACAGGAUGGGGGCCUGGGGGGAGGGUCGGGAGAUGAUGCUGGUUCUGAAGAAAGACACGUUGUCCUUAUUGGACCCUUUAGACAACAGCCCCCUCCACUGUCAGCCAAUCAUCAACAUCCGUGUGUGGGGGGUGGGCUGCAACAACGGCAGGGACAGGGACUUUGCCUUCGUGGCUGGAGAUAAGGACAGCUGUAUGUUGAAGUGUCACGUGUUUCGCUGUGACGCUCCAGCGAAGGCCAUCGCCUCGGCGCUGCAUGAGAUGUGCUCCAAGAUAAUGUCAGAGAAGAAGCUGGUGAGGCCGUCUCGCUCUCUGACCAUGGAGAGUAUCUCACCUGAGGAUCUGCCCAGACAAGUGGAGUUUCUGGAGGCGGUGAGGAAGGAGGUCCAGAAGUUCGAGGUCCAGUACAUCGGUAACCUGCCAGUGUCCAGAGCCAUGGGUAUGGAGGUGUUGAACAGAGCGAUAGAGAGCAUCAUGAACUCCACAGACAGAGACGACUGGGAGCCGAUCGUCAUCCACGUGACUGAUAACAUCCUGUCUCUGUGGAAAGGACAGGAGGGCGAGGAGCCAUUUUGGGAGUGCCAGGUGCGUUUCCUCACCUUUCUGGGCGUCGGCCAUGACAAUCACACCUUCGCUGUGAUCGUAGACGGCGGUACGCAGCGCUUCGAGUGUCACGUGUUCUGGUGUGAACCCGACGCUGGAAACCUGUCUGAGGCGGUCCAGGCUGCGUGUAUGGUUCAGUAUCAGAAGUGUUUAGUGGCUCAGACUCCUCCUCCGAGGACCAAGUCGUGGCACGCGACCCCGACGAAGGUCAAGCGAGCCAACUCGAUGGACGGCGCCACCUUCCCCCCCCUCACCUCCCGUCUCCCUGGCAGCGGCAGCACCUCCAUGAUGUCCAGGAGCGCCAAAAGCAACGGCAACGUGAGGAAGGGCAUGAUGGCGUUCUUCGAGACCUUCCGAAACAAACAGGCCGCCACGUCAUAA